AUGGUAUUAGAUCAAAUGCCGUGGUAUUUGAAACAAGCCGCACGCGAAAUCCUCGAAAAAUUCCGAUACAUCCAACAGCAGGAGGACCUACAACUUCGAGAAGCUACCUUGAACCCUGAAAGCUCAAAAUGGAGUUUGGGAGUUUCUGUGAACGAGGAAAACAACGAUCGAAACAGGUACAUUAACAUUAUGCCCUAUGAGCGCAAUCGAGUGAAACUGCGGGUCGAAUCAGGAAAUGACUACAUCAAUGCAUCUUACGUCAAAGUUCAGGUACCUGGCGAAUCGUUGCGUGCAGGUCGCUAUAUUGCAACGCAGGGUCCUACAGACAACUCCUGGCCGCACUUCUGGCAGAUGUGCUACCAGCAAUGUCCCGGGGAAAAUGCAGUAGUGGUGAUGGUGACGCCAUUGAUGGAACAACACCGACGCAAAUGUUUUGAAUACUGGCCUCGCGAGCCGGGGUCGCGAGCUAUUUCUCCUCGAGAGCAAGGCUCCGGUCUGGUAUUCGAGACGGGGCUGGAAGUGCACUUUGUGGAUGCAGAACGCGAAAACGACUAUACUCUCACGACCUUAAAGCUCAUCCCAACAGAUCAACGUUUCCCCACGAAAACUGUACAUCAUUUCUACUUUGAUCAAUGGCGGGAUUUGUCGAAGCCAGACGAGGUGGUGCCGAUUUUGGAGCUUUCGAGGCACUCGCACGGUCUCAAUUCACCCGAGAAUCCAAUGAUUGUGCAUUGUUCAGCAGGUGUUGGGAGAUCAGGCACUUUUAUAACAUUGGAUCAUUUGUUUCACGAUACGAUCGAUUUUACCCAGCCUCAACCUGUUGCAGGCUACCAGCACGAUCUUGUCGAGCAGAUAGUCCAGCAGCUCCGGUCACAGCGGCUGAAAAUGGUCCAGACUCCAGAGCAGUAUCUUUUCAUCUACCACGCUGCGGAAUUGAUCAAGCGUAUGGCAUUUUCCGAAUAA